UCAACACUCACACGUUGAUAUAAACUAUACGUAACCUGCGAUAGACAUCGUAAUAAUAUAAACAAGUAUCUAUGCUAGUUGUGGACCAUUCAACUUAAAUUAACUACGUAAUCAAGUCGUCUCGCGGUGAUCCAUUUUAAGGUCACUGUUUUUAUCUAUCUAGUCUUUGUUAUAAUAAAUAGAUAUUUAAAGCGCACAGCUUUAAGUUGACAUUUAAUAUAUUUAAUAAGUAGGAAUGCAGAAAUACAUACACAAUGUUUCUAUUUUUUUACAAAUACUUCUUUUUAUGAGUGUUGGAGGAUUAGAUUAUGGAAAGCAAAAAUAUAAUACGAAUACUGACUUUUUACUACACGAAGGUAAUCCGAAUCCAAAUCAACCGAACAGAGAUUAUAAAGCUCCACAAGCAGGAAACAAUGGAAAUACACAAACACUUAACUUUAAUGAAUUUCCUCCUUUGCGGACAUCAACAACAACUUCGAUCACUCAAACUGCAAAAAAUGACUUUCCUCCAUUAAAGUCACCUUUUCAAACUUCUCCGCAACCAAAUAAUGUUCAUGCGGGUCCAUCUGGAAAGCGGGACUAUGUAGCUCCUCAAUUUCCGACUCCAACAACAAAAAGCACCACUAAAAAGUUUCAUUCGCCGCCAAAUACUGUUCCCGCAGGAUCAUCCGGGAAACGAGACUACGUAGCUUCUCAAACUCCUACCCUCACACCAGGAACCACUGUUUCAACUUCUGGGAAAGUCAAAGAUUUGAUAAACUUUUACGACAGUAAAGGGAAAGGUCAAAAUACUCCUCAAAAAGCUCCUAGUUAUAGUUCCAUUCUCCAAGGUUCUACCGGUGACAAGAAUCCAGUGUCUAGUUUUUCGACUAAUGCUAUGGAACCUGUGACGCCACCGACACGGACAACUAGUUAUACUCCAAAACCCUUGAGUUUUAGUUCGGUUGUAAGUGGAUCGAAGCCAACCAACGCGGCAACCACAGCCAAACCUUAUAACAUUCGUCCAGGAAAUCCAGUAUUACCAAGUUCUAUUGUAAGCAAUAACAGCAAUAAAGGAAAUCAAGCAAGUAAUCAAAAUGGCCCUAGUGACUCAGUUUUACAAAUAAUGAGUGAAGAACUGUUGAGAAAAGAUACAAAUAAUGCAGCUAAAUAUAUCACAGUUAAUUAUCAAGGAAAAACUACUUCAGGCUCUAAAGAAGACAAAGCCCCUGGCCCAUUACUAACCUUAAAAACUGAUGUAUGGAGUAUACCAACGGUGGAAAAAUUCGUACCUCUAUUAGACAAUUACGAAAGAGACACUUUGAUCAACGAAUAUGUCACGCCUCAGGAAAAGAAUGAAGAGAAUGCUUUUAUGGAUGCAAUAAUGUCUACAUCUGUGAUACGCCAUCUGAUGAACUUUUUAAAAGAAAACGGGUACGUAACUCCAGACCCUAAACAGCAAAGAGAUUUCUUGAAACAGUUAUGGUUCAGUUUGUACUCGAGGGGUAAAGGAAAAAUCAGCAGUUCCGGAUUUGAACAUGUUUUUGUUUCAGAACUCAAAAAUGGGGAAGUAUCAGGAUUGCAUAACUGGAUCUACUUUUCGAAGGAAGAAUCUACUAAUCGUGUUAAUUAUCUAGGGUAUCUAAAAUACCAAGAAAUGAAUGAUAAAGGAGUUGUCAUGAAAUUACACUUCAAUCAACAAGGCACUGACAAGCCUGUAGAUAGCAUGUUCAUCGGGACUUCCCCUGAGCUCGAAAUAGCGCUAUAUACGCUAUGUUUUGUUACGCGUGCAGAUAAUGAAUGUAAAUUGAAAUUAGGUGGAAAGGAUGUCAAUAUAGCUACACACACAUUCAGAUAUCGAAGUAAAAACUUAAUUGGUAGUGCUUUUCCACAAAUAUAAAUUUUAUAAAUAAUAUUUUUAUUUGCUUCUAAUGCGCGAAUGCAUUUUUGUAAUAUUCUAUUUCCAAUCAUGCCAUAUUUUUGCCACAAAGUUGGAUAAAUCUAUAGGCUUUAAGUUCCACUUUUACAUGUUUCUAAUAAAGUUAAGUAAACAAAUAGAUCUGUAUGUAAAUAUAUUUACUUAAUAAUAUUUCAA